AUGCACUUGCAGAGGCGUAACCGGACCACGUUCACGGCGUCGCAGCUAAGCGAGUUGGAGGCGCUAUUCCAACGGACCCACUACCCGAGUUUCUACCUGCGGGAGCAGCUAUCGCGAAGGAUCAGUCUCUCGGAGGCCAGGGUGCAGGUAUGGUUCCAGAACCGUCGAGCGAAGUGGCGCAAGCAGCAGCGCGGCCUGCAGCCCCCGCCCCCGUCUCUGCUGCGAAGAGCCGACACCAUCUGGGCGCCGUUGCCUUUGAGGCCACCGCCAGGCGUCGCCACCAGACUGGUGCCCCCAGAGCAGCAGCAGCCCCACCACCACCACCACCAGCAAAGGGCGCAUUCAAGCAUUGCCGACGCCGGUGGCCCACAGAGGCCAGAACGAUGCGCCGUUGCGCCCGUGGCACAUUGCGGCACCGCGGGCCCCGGACACACCUCGGCUGUCGCAGCUGUCGUCGCUGACAAGCCGGAGCCGCUGUGCCCGUGUCUCGCUCUGCAGGCUUCGCCUCCUACGUGGGGCCGGCUGCAGGGGCUGGAAGCCAUAACGCGUCACAGUCAGCUGCAGCCAUACCUGGAGGCGUUCGCGGCACGCCAAGAACACGUUGCCAAACAACGCCUGGCGUCUCCCGUACAGUGA